CACUGUGUGUGCCACUUUUCUUCUGCGCUGCAAAUGGUUUGCACUGUUUUGCGAGGGAUGCAUGUGGCCAUCUUUGGAAUGAGUAAAGGAGUGGACCCAAAUUCAUCUGUACUGGAGUUGCUAAAUAUAGCUGCUUUAUUAACGAAGCUGCUUGCCUGUGGUAAUUUCUCAAAGAAUGCACUUCUGCUUUGGGGACUUUUGUCAUUUACAGUAUCAUGAUCAACAUCACAAAUCCAACACAAGUAUAAGAAAGGCGGACUUUGCAGGUGUCUGCUUCUAAAGUAAAGGAAAAUGUUUUCAGCUUAGAACUUGCACAUAAACAGGAGCAUUAGAAGACAUUGAAUGGAUUAGAAAAAUGAAGAAAGCUGUAUCUUUUGGGGGCACAUGAUAUGGAAGAAGUUAUCUAAUUCAGAAAAGAAUAUAUAUCAUAAACUUAUGAAGAAACUCUAUAUAAAAUAUUGUUUAUACUUGCAACACUAUUAUAGCUGAUUUAUUUAUCUUCUAAAUUUAAGAAGAGGUCAGAGCUUUAUGCAAUGUUUAGGUAAGUUGAACUUAAAAAUUACAAUGAGUACAGUUGUAAUACACUUAAGAGACACAAACCAUGUUUAAAAAGUUCAAUUCUGUGUUUCACCCCCAUUUUCAUAGAAGUUCAACUGAUUUAACUCUUUUCAAUGAGAAAAGCUCUCCAGUGAGACUGAUUCGCAGUACUUCAAUGUACAUAAUUGGAGAGAAUCAACCGAAAUUCAGUAACACUUUGAAAAGAAGUAAGAGCACCGUCAGCUUUGAAACAUCAACAGGAUAUCAUCAGACACAGGAGGACGAGGCCUGGACAUUUGCCAAGAAACAGUUCUGCCUGCAGUACCUUCAGGACUUAAUAUCAUUACGAAAGAAAUAUCUUAGCAAUGCUAACAAUCUGAAAAGCAAGAAGGCAGAUGUUCCUCCUGUGUCUAGUAAAUCUGUGAAGUCAGGGAGACCGCCACCUCCUCCAUCCUCUGUACAGCCCAUAGAACCUGUUCAGAUACCACAAGGCAAGUGUAUCACUCAUCCCAACACAGCUAUCUCAGAUACUUUGGCCUUCUUUGAUUCAGUCAUUGCUGAUUUGGACAGCACAAGACCAUCCAGGGUUUGCAUUCCAGAUUUCACAAAUGCCGAUGUUGAUUUUGAUGUUGCUACAAGCAGUGCUGAACAUACUAUUCACUCAAACUGGAUUCUGCGUUCUCCACGCCGGCUCUCUAUUGAUUCAACAAAGUCAUCAAAGACUGAAAGCAAAUCUUGCAGGAAUGUUGACAUAAUGACAGUGCCUCGCAUAAAGAGACUAGAAAGAAACCCAAUUUAUUUGCCGAAAGUGGUAGAAGGUGCAUUCAACACAAUAAAAUUCAAGCCUAAGCCAAGUAAAAAAAAAAUCUUUUGAGACACAAGUGUUUGAAGAAUACCACUGAUGCUAAACACAAAUGGUAACCUCCAUAGACAUACCCAUAAGUCUAUGGUGAGAAUUGUGCAACAUUAAAAUAUGAGUACAACAUAUCUCAUUUACCCAAAGUAAUACAUAGCCAGUAUAAAAUGAAAAGAAAGGUGCCAUGGAAUUUUGUGGCAUGAUGUCAUUUCAAAAGAUACUUGAAAUAUAACACCUUUUUGAAAGGACACAUAGUGACUUUGUGGGGUAGAAUAUCAUGUUUUUUGUCACUUUCUAUGAGCUAUGGCUUAAACAAUAUAUGACAUUAAUAUGGGAAAUUGCACCAAGUCAGUUAUGUACUACAAACGUCUUCUGUCCACCCUCCAGCAACAUUACCAUGAAGGCAGGUAUUAAAUUAUGCACAGUAAUUUUUCUUCUGUUAGCAAACUGUUUCAACCAACUGUAGCAUAUGUAAGUGUGAUAUUAGAUAACAAUCACCAUUUGCUUCAUGAUUCCUAAAAAUUAUUUCACUAUCAGCUGGAAAAGGACAUUGGGUGAGAAGUGUAUUAUUGUUAUGAUAGUAGAAAGCAAUAUUCCAGAGCCAGAUGUACAAAUGAUACUGCCAGAAAAACUCUGGAAAAUACAAAAAAACGUCUAAGAAGAUAUUUACAGACCUCUCUUUGUUAGUUGCGAGAAGAGAUAAGCACAUUUCUACUAAAGUAAGGAUACUGCCUUGGCUUACCAUAAAUGGAAGAUAGUUAUGCUAAUAAUCUAAUGCAGUAAUGGGAAAAUUAAUAAUAUUUCAGUCUGUACAUUUAUGCUUCUCAAAAUGUGUAAUAUUGUUAUUCAGUCAUGCAACUCUGCAUUCAGAUAACUGCUGUACAAGGAAAUAUUUUUUUUUUAAAUCAUGAAAGAAACAAACAUUCUUAAGAACAAAACCCUCAGUAACAUGAAUUGGACAUAGCAGGGUAAUGGUUACAGGUUGUUUUCUCAGCCAUGGAUAAAUCUUUUGACGGAAUUAAUUAUGAUGGUUUUCAAAGAGAUUAUUCAUACACUCCCACUUUCUGUUAAUGUCUUUUUGUAGUUACUGUUUUCUAAAGGGCUGAAGAAAAGAUUACUGUAGAUGGUGAUCUACAAAACUAGAUUGCUACCUGUGAAUGCUUUGAUUUGUUCCAGCAUUCAUGUCCAGUGCCAAAACGUGAUGGUAACCUUUAGAGAUACUAACAUUGCUAUAUGGAAUGAUAUCACCUUUACACCCUGCCCUAUGUGAUUCAUAUUCUAAAUACCUAUGAUGAAAUGGGCAUGAGUGAAAAUGCAGGUGGCUGCCAAUUAAAACUUACAUGAAAUCACCUAUUACAAAAUGAUCACUGUUAGCAGACUGGGCAUCGUAUAGGCAGUAAACUGUGUGACAGUGCCUGGUAUUAUGAAAGGCAUGAGCAUUAAAAUGCAUGUAAAGCUAGUGAUAAAACAGACAGUAAGCAUAUCUAAGAUAGGUACCAGAAUGCCUUGCUGCGAUUUUGGCUUGCUGAUUUUUUUCUAAAUAAGGUAAUAAGGAUUUGAAGUGUUUCCCCUAAUAUCCUCCCCAGCAUACACAUACAGUUUGUGCCCUCUCAUCAGAAUUAAUCUCUCUUACUCAUUUUAAAGCAAAGAUUAAAGAAUCAAAGUCUCCUCACCCCACUGGCCAGUCUAUCUGACAUGGUGAAUCUGACAUAAAAUGGUGAAUCUGACAAUGAUGCCACUUCUGUGAAAUUACAUUUUUGAGAUAAUAAAGAGCUCUGAAACAUUAGUCAGCUGUGCAAUCACAAUAAGAUAUUUCAAAAUUAUGGCUUACUAUAUUGGUGUCUCAUAUUGUUUACUCAGUUUUAUUUCAUGGCAGUACUAUUAAAUAUUGGACAGCCCCAAGCAAAUCACACCCUGUUCUGUCUUAAUUCUUAAUCAAUCACUGCAUUGUCCAUUUUCACAACAGAAUCACAAAGGCUAUAGGAUCUGAGAUGAAAAAAAAAUUAUUAACCUUCUCUUUUCGAUUGUCUGGACUUUGUGUGAAUGAAUAAAACUAUCACAUUUACAUUCUUAAAACAGUCAUGUGAUUCAACCAAACACAUGGCCAGGAUGUAUCUUUAUCACAUGCUCAUCACAAAUAUUCAUAUUACAAAUAAAACUAUGCAUAAAUACAUAUGUACACAAUAAAUAUUAUAAGUAUAUACUAGUAUAAAAAUAUAUAAGUAACCCUCCAUUUCUCAUGUUUAGAAUUUAGCAGCUGCCAUGUUUAAAAUCAUUCGAAGGCUAUGAUAUCAUUUAAGCCUGGAAGACACUUGUGGAGUUUAGUGUAAUUUUCCACAGCACCUCACAGUAAGCUAAAGUGUUUUCUCACCAUCCUCUUCUAGUACGAUCAUACAUUUUAUCAACACAAACUCACCAUCCUCUUCUAGUACAUUGAUGUAUUUUAUCAACGAAAAACUUGCCAUCCUGUUCUAGUAGAUUCAUACAUUUUAUCAACCACAAACCCACCAUCCUAUUCUAGUGUAUUCAUACAUUUUAUCACUCACAAACUUGCCAUCCUCUUCUACUACAUUCAUACAAUUUAUCAACACAAACUCACCAUCCUCUUCUAGUACAUUCAUAUAUUUUAUCAACACAAACUUGCCAUCCUCUUCUAGUACAUUCAUACAUUUUAUCAACACAAACUUGCCAUCCUCUUCUAGUACAUUCAUAUAUUUUAUCAACACAAACUUGCCAUCCUCUUCUAGUACAUUCAUAUAUUUUAUCAACACAAACUUGCCAUCCUGUUCUAGUACAUUCAUAUAUUUUAUCAACCAGAAACUCGUUAUCCUUUUCAAGUAUAUUCAUAUAUUUUAUCAACCAUAAACUUGCCAUCCUCUUCUAGUACAUUCAUACAUUUUAUCAACACAAACUUGCCAUCCUCUUCUAGUACAUUCAUACAUUUUAUCAACACAAACUUGCCAUCCUGUUCUAGUACAUUCAUAUAUUUUAUCAACCAGAAACUCGUUAUCCUUUUCAAGUAUAUUCAUAUACUUUUAUCAACCAUAAACUUGCCAUCCUCUUCUAGUACAUUCAUAUAUUUUAUGAACACAAACUUGCCAUCCUCUUCUAGUACAUUCAUACAUUUUAUCAACACAAACUUGCCAUCCUCUUCUAGUACAUUCAUACAUUUUAUCAACACAAACUUGCCAUCCUCUUCUAGUACAUUCAUAUAUUUUAUCAACCAGAAACUCGUUAUCCUUUUCAAGUAUAUUCAUAUACUUUUAUCAACCAUAAACUUGCCAUUCUCUUCUAGUACAUUCAUACAUUUUAUCAACACAAACUUGCCAUCCUCUUCUAGUACAUUCAUACAUUUUAUCAACACAAACUUGCCAUCCUCUUCUAGUACAUUCAUAUAUUUUAUCAACCAGAAACUCGUUAUCCUUUUCAAGUAUAUUCAUAUACUUUUAUCAACCAUAAACUUGCCAUUCUCUUCUAGUACAUUCAUACUUUUUUAUCAACUACAAAAUAUAGGAACUUUUAAAAUUUUUAUAAAAGACAAAAUGUUUGUACAGAGUAUUUUCCAACACCUUUUAAUACACUGUAUACAUGUUCAUAAACUCUUUUGCAUAGUUCCCUUUUUAAAUAAUUGACAACAAACUUUUGAUUUUAAAUAUAAAACUAUUUUUAAUCAUUUUGGAGUCAGUGGACUUUAAAAAUAAUUUGAAUAAUUAACUGGAAAUCUUGCUGGUGCAGUUUCUUUCUUAUAUCUUGUUUCCAUGAUAUAAACAGGCAAAGACUUGAUUGCAUAACUUGGGACAGCUUGAUCUUGAAAGUUUCAGGACUGGUGAAAUAUAUUUAAAUGCAGUUUUUUACAUGAUGCUUCAGAAUAUGAAACCAGAACAACUGAGAAGAGGGUUAUAAAGAAAAUAAAAAUGUACACUAUAAUGUAAUAUAUUCAUGGCACAUCUGUUUAUAUUUGUGACUAUAGGAAAACAGUAUGAAUAGUUUAGUUUUUUUCCUAAGUUGGCAUUGUAUCCAUUUCCUACAUGAAGCAACAUAUGUGACCACAUCUCUGAGACAAACACCUUUCCAAAACUGCAGACCUCUAAAAUGAAUCAUAAAAAGUGAUGUUCUCAAUUAACAGGUACUACUCAGGAUAUAGCAUAAUAUUUUACCUUUCUUAAGGUGAGUCACUGUAUAUUAAUGUUGGACACUAGUAGAAUAGUAUUCCUCAUAGAGCUGCCCUCUAGCAAUAAGGGUUCCUGAAAGCUUCUGUAGAGGAUACCUGCCAUUUAGUCAACCAGGAAGGAGGGUAAAACAAACCAUUGUAGUUAUGUAAUUCACAUUUAUCUAGCUUAAAAUUAAAAAAGACCUUUAUGGGAAGUUAUUUUGUUUGCUGAAAUAAUGCUAGAGCAUCAGUUAAAGGAAAUGUUUAAAUCUAUCUACUCUCCAUGAAGAAAGCUUAACAACUGUGUGUUGCUUAUUUUAGAAAGUUCCCAUACUUAAUCAGGAAAAUGGUUACAGUAAGAGAACUUUUUCAUAUGCUAGAGUAAAUGUCAUCCUCUGUUUGGAUUACAGUAAGAUAUAGUGUGAUUUUCCCUUGCACAGAAAAAGAGAAGAGGAAGAAAAUAGAAAAAGAAAAUAUUAAAGAACAAAUGGUACAAAAUAUGUGGAAUACAGUUGUGACACAUCAUUUCCUAAAAUAAUAAUAAAAAGAACAUGUAGAUUAAAUGCAGGCAUGUUAUUUAUUUAUUAAAUAUAAUUUUGAGCAGUCUCAUUCUUCUUCACAUUUAGUGUUAUAAAACAAAUGAUAUUCUGCACAGCGCAUAUUUUUGAACUUCUCAAAUGCCACAAUUGAUUGGUCCUGUGAUGUCCCCAUGCUGGGCCAGUAAUCAAGGAACCUGAAUCCUCACCACUGACACUGGAGCGGGAUG